UCCACUACAGCCGCGGCCGCGCAAACAUCCCAAAAUCGCACAGCGGCACCUCAUUCGCGGCGUGGAGAGAGCAGAGUAGCAUAUUCAACCAUGGCGGGAGGGAAGAUACGCAAAGACAAAAACCACCGUGGCUCGGCUGGUGCAAACCCUCACUACCAGGGUGGAAUUCAGUUUCACAAGUCGAAAGGUCAGCACAUACUGAAAAAUCCACAGUUGGUUGACACAAUCGUUGAGAAAUCCGGCAUCAAACCAACCGAUGUCAUCCUUGAGAUUGGUCCCGGUACUGGUAACUUAACCAAGAAGCUUUUAGAAGCUGGAAAAUCUGUCAUAGCCAUCGAGCUUGACCCUCGUAUGGUUCUUGAGUUGCAACGGAGAUUUCAAGGAACCCCAUCUAGUAAGUUAAAGGUUAUACAAGGGGAUGUUCUGAAGUGUGACCUUCCAUAUUUUGACAUUUGCGUGGCGAAUAUCCCAUACCAAAUCUCAUCUCCUCUUACUUUCAAAUUACUGGCUCAUAGGCCGCUAUUCAGGGCUGCGGUGAUCAUGUUUCAAAGAGAAUUUGCAAUGCGGCUGGUUGCUCAGCCGGGUGAUACUCUGUAUUGCCGCCUGUCUGUGAACACUCAACUCUUAGCUCGAGUGUUUUAUCUUCUUAAGGUAGGACGAAACAACUUCAGACCUCCCCCGAAGGUUGAUUCUUCGGUAGUUAGAAUCGAGCCAAUGAGGCCGUUUCAGAAUCUGAAUUUCAAGGAGUGGGAUGGUUUAGUUCGAAUCUGUUUCAAUAGGAAGAACAAAACUCUGGGCGCGAUUUUUAGGCAAAAGACGGUGCUCUCGUUGCUAGAGAAGAACUAUAAAACUCUGCAAGCGUUGCAGAUACCUGAGAAUGGAUCGUUAGAGGACAUCGAUAUCGAUAUGGCCUCGGCUGUUUCAGCCUUGGGAGAUACACUUGGAGACUUGAGCAUGGGGAAUGAUGAUGAUGGGGAUGAUGAGAAUGAGAUGGAUAUGGAUGAUGAUGGUGAGGCUAAAGGAUCAGAUUUCAAAGAAAGAGUUUUGGCAGUGUUGAAGGAAGGGAAAUAUGAAGAUAGAAGGUCUUCCAAAAUCACACAAGUAGAUUUCAUGCACCUACUUUCUUUGUUUAACAAGGCUGGAAUUCACUUUUCUUAGCUCUCUUCUUUUUUAUUUGUUGGUAUGGUA